AUGGCGUGGCUCAAUGAGGCGGUAGAUUUCUUGACCGCUUCUGUUGCGCGUCCCGAGACCCGAGGCCCCUUUCUGGCCGUGACCGGGGCAUCCUUCGCCCUCGGCCUUGCUCUCAGCUCCGUCUUGUCGUCGAGAAAACCACAGGAGAAAGUUUUCCCUUCUCCGUUGAAGACUCUGAUCCCUUCUUUGUCAGACGCAGAGAAGAAGGCCUUGCCACUGCCCGUGGAUGUGUUCCCUGGUGCGCGAGACGUUCCCACGCCCUAUGGCUCGAUCCGAGUCUAUGAAUGGGGUCCUGAAGACGGGCCCAAGGUUCUCUUCGUCCAUGGCAUCACCACCCCCUCGCUCGCCCUUGGUGGGCUGGCCCAUGCUCUGGUAGACCGGGGAUACCGGGUCAUGCUGUUUGAUCUCUUUGGACGAGGCUAUUCAGAAUCCCCGUCCGAUCUCCCCCAGGAUGAGCGCCUCUUUACCACGCAGAUCCUUCUGGCGCUGGCUUCCUCGCCGCUGUCCUGGACGGGCGCGGGAUCUGGGCGAUUCUCCCUGAUCGGAUACUCGCUGGGAGGCGGCAUCGCCGCGGCAUUUGCCUCUCAUUUCCCUGAAUUGCUAUCGUCGCUGGUCCUGCUGGCCCCUGCAGGUCUGAUUAGGGACUCCCACAUCGGUCUCCAGACUCGUCUCUUGUAUUCCAAGAACCUGUUUCCCGAAAGCCUUCUCGUUUCCCUGGUUGGCAUGCGGCUGCGGGCCGGGCCGCUCCUGCCGGCCAAGAAGAAGGAAGACCCAAAGAAGGAUGCGCCAGCAGAGAAAGCAGUCGAUGCAAAUGCCGCCCUCACGCAGGAGCUGUCUGCCGCGUCCCAGAAGCAGGUGCUGUCCAGGGCAUAUCCGAACCUCACCACCCUCGCAGCGGUUAGUUGGCAGGUUCACCACCAUCCUGGGUUUGUGUCCGCCUUCAUGUCGAGCAUGAGAAAUGGACCCAUUCUACAGGAGACGCAACUCGAGUCCUGGAGACGACUAGGACGGAUUCUUACGCAGCGGAAGGAAAAGCAAGAAGUCGCCGGUCUCCGACACGACAAGGUGCUGAUCGUUUGCGGUGUGGACGACAACAUCAUCAUAAAGGAUGAUUUCGUCGCCGAUGCUACUGCCGCGCUGGAAGGGAAUGUGCAAUUCCGCUUCUUUAACGCGGGCCACGAAUUCCCCAGCACCAGAUAUGAGGAACUGGCACAGCAGCUUGUGGAAUUUUGGCGAUAA